GAAGAGAUGCUGUCUGGGGGAAUGGCCUGGCCUUUCCUCCACCCCCCCCCGACCCACACUCUCUGUGUUCGGUCCCGUCUCUCUGCAGGUAUAUCCGCACCAUGUACCUGGGGAUUCAGAGCCAGCGGCAGAAGGAACACCAGCGACGCUUCUACUGGGCUAUGAUGUACGAAUAUGCAGACGUUAACAUGCUGCGCCUCCUGGAGACCUUCCUGGAAAGCGCCCCCCAACUGGUGCUACAGCUCUGCAUAAUGAUCCAGAAGAGCCGCGCCGAGACUCUGCCCUGUGUCUCCUCUGUGACUUCCCUGAUGUCCCUGGCUUGGGUGCUAGCCUCCUAUCACAAGCUGCUGCGGGACUCCAGGGACGACAAGAAGAGUAUGAGCUACAGAGGGGCCCUCAUCCAACUCUUCUGGCGCCUCUUCACCAUCUCAUCCAGAGUUAUCUCUUUUGCCCUCUUUGCUUCCAUCUUCCAGCUCUACUUCGGGAUCUUCGUGGUGGUUCACUGGUGCGCCAUGGCCUUCUGGAUCAUCCAUGGCGGGACAGACUUCUGCAUGUCCAAGUGGGAGGAGAUCCUCUUCAACAUGGUGGUAGGGAUUGUGUACAUUUUCUGCUGGUUUAACGUCAAGGAAGGGCGGACUCGAUAUCGAAUGUUUGCAUAUUACACGAUAGUCCUGACUGAGAACGCUACCUUGACGUUCCUUUGGUAUUUUUACAGAAACCCGGAGACCACUGACUUCUAUGCGGUGCCAGCACUGUGCUGUGUCUUUCUGAGCUUUGUGGCUGGGAUUGCACUGAUGCUCUUAUAUUAUGGCGUGCUGCACCCCAUGGGGCCGCGAGUUAAGAUUUUGGCCAGCUCCUGUUGUGCCGAGCUGCUCUGGGGCAUCCCUUUGCCCCCCGAUGUUGAGCCCAUGGCGCCUCAGACCCCUGGGUACCGGGGGACCCAGGUCACGCCUACCAGAGCCGUAACGGAACAACAGGAGGAUCUCACGGCUGACACUUGCUUGCCCGUUUUCCAAGUGAGACCCAUGGGGCCCCCUACCCCGACGGGGCGUCCUUACCCCCCAGAAGGGCCCCUCAUUAAGAUUGAUAUGCCAAGAAAGAGAUACCCAGCUUGGGAUGCUCAUUUUGUAGACAGGAGGUUGAGAAGGACUAUUAACAUUCUGCAGUAUGUCACCCCCACCGCGGUAGGCAUUCGGUACCGAGACGGACCGCUCCUUUACGAGUUGCUCCAGUAUGAGUCUUCACUCUAAGAGCAUCUUGACCCAAGUUGAGAAGGGGACCUUAAGUUUGGUUUGCGGUCAAGGCCGCUUGCAAGAAAUAGAACCGUCCCUUCCCCCCAGUACACAGAACCACCACCACCACCACCACCACCACCACCAAUGCUAACAAAAAAAAAAAAAGAAAAUAUAAGUCACAACCCCUUCAGAUAAGCUUUCUUUCCAGUCGCUGUAUGUAUACAAAGAUAUUCUCUAUGUUUUGUAAGUAAAAACAAAAAGAAAACCUUUCUUUUGUUUUUUACACAUAAGAAACAGUAUUGAAAAAAAUCCCACACUAUGGUUCAUAGGGUGGAGAGGAGUUGUCUCCACUCCAAAAGGAAAACAAAGUUUUAUACCUUACACCCAGUGUAGAUCAUUUACGGGAUUGGUGCUGAUUGAAAGAACAAAACAAAACAAAACAAACACAAACAAACAAACAAACAAACAAAACCUUCAACUGCCUUAUGCCCUUAGGUGCUGAGUUUCAUUAAGUACUGUCACGUUUUCUCAUGCAAAACUCUCGGGUGAUUUUCGCACCGGGAGAGGGAAAAUUAAACAAUCAAAUGAAACAAAUCUAAAAAUGAAACAAAAACCAACCAACAAAUAAAACACAAAGCAAUCAUUCUUCCUAUCUGAUUAUUUGUAUUGAAGAAAACAAAUUACCAAAAGCUAACUCAUAGAAACCCCUCCCCCCCUUUUUUUUCAGUUUCUCUCUUCCCUCUCCUGUCCCUGCCCCCAACUUAUCAGCCCCUUUUAGGAGCCAAAGGGCCAUUUGAAACUCAAAUGGCUGGAAAAGCUCCUUGAAGGCUGACUAUGUGCCAUUUUAGCGUUCAAGUAGUAAGGAUCACAUUUGUUUCCUGGUGAAAAGCAAAACAGAGCAAAACAAAAAGCCACCCUAAUAAUUCGAUAAGAACAGGAAAUUCUAAAGCAAAUUCAAGGAGAUUUCCAUAUAUGUAAUCGAAAAGAAUCAGUAAUAAUAAAACUCAGCAUAGUAGCAAAAAGAACGACAUCAAUUUAAAGGCACAAUACUUAAUCAGUGACUGGGCAAAAACGAUUUGUUCUGUCAUUUUAAGGCCGUGAAAGGUAUACAUUUAUCACAUGUGAUACUGUGUAAGGCCUCUUCUGUUUCCAUUUGGUGGGAAGCCUUAAAUUGAUCUGGAAAGAAUUCUUCAUUUUUCAUUUGUGCUUUUUAAAAAUAGUAACACAAAGAGGAAAAUUAGAAUAUAAAAAAAUAAGUCAAAAUUGUGAUAACUGACCCAUUUCAAAGACUGUUUGGUGCUUCUGUCUUUCACCAUUGUGGUUGGCUGAAAGUCAUUCAGCUCACUCGGUGCACCUGGGUUGAGUGGGAAAUUCUGUGUGUGUGGUAUGUGUGUGUGUGCGCGUGUGUCUGUGUGUGUGCCCACAGCACACCUUUAUGUGUGUGCGCAUGUGUGUCUGCUGCAAGGUCUUGCCAGAAAUGUAGAAAACUGAUGUAAGACAGACUCUGGGUAUGGCUGAGGUGGAGUGUAAGGGGCUGGCGAGGGGGGACCAGGGAGGAGGGGAUGCUUGACCGUGAGCCCCUGUCCGGUGACAAGACUCACACCAGCUUCAUACUCUGGGUCUUCGAGGCCGUGUCAUUUGGGUGAAGAUUUGAGUCAAUGAUUUAUUUUCUCAUUGUACCAAGUUGAAUUUCUGGAGGUGUUGCAAGUAUGUUCAACCAUUUUUUAAAUGUUAUUUUUCAAAGUAUCACUCCUGUAAGGAAUGUUCUGUUCUAGGCGUCGUUUCAAUCCCAUCAUAUCUCUACUUGGGCACAAAAAAAAAAAAAAAAAAAAAAAGGAAAAGAAAAAAAAUCACAAAAGAAAAAAAAAUCUCCACAAAAAAGAUAUAUAUAUAUAUAAAUCUCUCUAUAUAUAUACACACAAUAUUUUUAAGUAAAAAUGCUGUUAGUCUUUGUUGUGUGUAGCUGCGAUUUUUUUCUUAGUUCCAGAUAUAACUGUUUAGGGUGCAAGGCCUCACAUUGAACUGCUCUUAAGAGAAGUUCAAAAACUGAGGAAUUUUUUUUUUAUGUUUGUGGGGUUUUUUUAAACAAAAAAAAUAUUAUUAAAAGAGGCUUCUCCUCCCCCCCCUUCAUGGUUUAUCUAAAAUCUGAAAAAGAGGAAAAAAAAAACCCCAAAUUUUAAAUUUCAGUUCGGUUGUAAAUCUGGAUGCUCCUUUCUUUGUUCAGACAGACCCCCUUUGGUUUCCUUUAUUGUGACUAAAUUUGCAGUGCCGUCCUGCCCCCUCCCUCCCCUACACGGCUGUCCCCUCAGGUCCUCCCUGGUGGGAAGGAGGGCGGAGGAGAGGCGCAGAGAGCCGGGCCAUCCAGGAAGCACUCCGCACAGAGCACACCCGGGCCUGGCGAGGACCAGCCCUGCCCGCCUGCCUCCGCCCUUCCAAGGGCGGGGCCCCUCGGUAGUUAAUUGGGAGUUCCGAUCUGGUCAGAGGUGCUUUUCCUUUUCAUUCUGCUUCCCUACCAAGGGCUUAGCUCACUGCUUACUCUGCAGAGGCUGGAGGAGGUGAGGCCAUUUGAGGGGGCCGUCCCCAUCCCCAUCACCCCCCACCCCGCGCCCUCCCUGUGCUUGCUGGGGUCCCAGCUCUUGUCUGCCUCAGCUCCGGGUCUCCUGUGUCUGGAGCCUUGUGGACGUCGGUCACCAGAGCGGUCCUUGACGCUGUCCUCCUUGCAACCCUCUGGGACCUCAGCCACCUGGCUUGUUUGUCUGUUCUUGGAUUUAGUUCCUUUCUCUCUUUUAUUCAUUUCGACACCGUCACUGAUUUUAGUUUUGCCACCUCUGUUUUACUGAUGCACAUUCAGUGUGUGUGUGCGUGUGUGUGCGUGUUUACAUGCAACUGAGAAAACUGCUGAUGUCCGCUGACCUGGAGCGCCAAAAGUGGGGUGACUACUUCCAACUCAGGGAGGGCCCCCUGGGGUCUUAGACGCUGGGAACAGAUGAGAAGCUUGUGGGCUGUUUCAGGAAGCCUUUCUCUCAGCCUCUGUUGGACUGGGCCCUGCAGGACUUGGGUGGGAGGGCACCUGUCUCCCCGACAUGUUAUUCCCCACGCCCUCCAGAGUGCUAGGUCCUCUCCUAAUGAUGAAGAGAUGCAGCAAGGAGCAUCAGCAGGGAAGUCCCGUUUUGCAAAGAGAUAGAAAAAGGAAGAAGUCAGGAGAGAAGUGGAGAACACGGUAGGGACGGAGGGAAACAUAAGAGAGUUUUCAUCUGUCUUCUCAUUGUCAACAGCCUCCAGCAAGUCCCCAGGUUUCCAAUCACUGGGAAGCUCUCUCUCCAUGGUCUUCCCUCCCCCAUGGUCUUCUCUCCCUCACCAGUGUGCUUCCCCUUCAGAGGCUACCAGCAGCUGGUCAACCCUGGGUGUCAGGGUGGGAACCCACACAGAAUCUGUGCCCCAUGUCCAUCCCUGGGAGGUCUAUGUCCAACCAGGAAGACUCUGGUCAGUGCACCCGGUGAGAAGUGAUGGCCUCAGCCCACCCUGGGAAUCUCAUCUUAGCAGCCACUUGCCUGACCCCUGACCAGCCCCUUACAGACAAUGAGACACCAGCUCCUGCUGCCCCAGCUGCUCCCCAGGGGGACACUUACUUAUUUUUAAAAAAAAUCUCUGGGUCCACUUCUUGUCCAGGAAGGCCUGAUGAAAGCUAAUUAACCAUGCUCAAUGUUUCAUUCUGGUAGGAGCUAAGCACACUGUGACCAGGAGCUAGAGAACAAAAGAGGAAGCUAUCUUUCCUCAUUAUGUCUCCAUCGAAU